GCGAGGCUUGGCAAGAGUGUUGCAGGAAAAAGGCAAAAGGGGAAGAGACGUGGCUUCUUCUUCUUCUUCGUCGGUUCCCGGAUCUCAGUCGCCGCAGAAGCAGGGCAAAGCCAUGCAGCACAAUCAGGGCCCUGCAGCUUCCUUGGUCACCAGCAGACCUCUUCAGAACACUAACACAGGGAUAGAUAUGUCAGUCCCAGAGUACCAGGAAAUCCGUGGAAGGAUGCUCUCUGGCCAUGUGGAAUAUAAUAUUGUUGUUGUUACUCAGGUGGCUGCAUUCAAAUCAGUGAAGCACAAACCGGAAGAUAUCAUCCAGUUUAUGGUCUCUAAAAAGUACAGUGAGAUUGAAGAGUUUUAUCAAAAGCUGGUCACACGUUAUCCACAAGCCUCUUUGCCACCGCUGCCAAGGAAAGUGCUGUUUGUUGGGGAAUCUGAUAUUCGAGAACGGAGAGUUGCAUUCAAUGAGAUCAUGAGAUCCAUUGCAAAGGAUACAGGUCUAGCCACAAGCCCUGAAUUACUGGAAUUCCUAGGAACCAGACCCUCUAGCAUCAUUGAUGUUAAGGGCAAAAACCUUCCUGAUAAGGAAGAUGAAGAAAAUGAAGUAUUUGAUUUCUUUAAAGAAGAGAGGACAGACAAUGUAAUUCCUCAAUUCCCUUCACCAAAAGAGCAAGAAGUGAAAGUGGGAAAAGAAGAAGAAGAGGAGGAGGAGGAGGAGGAGGAGGCACAAGAAGAUGUUGAUCCACUUGGUGUUCUCAAAUCUAAAAAGACCAAGAAACCCAAGCCUUCUCCAGCCAAAAAAGACAAGCCAACAUUAACAAUUUUUGAUGAAGAGGCAAAUCCAGUUGAAGACUUGUUUGGCUCUGCUAAAGAUUUUCCAUUCAGUAGCAACAAGAGGAUGUUGGCAGCCAAGGAAAAUCUGAAAUUAUUUGAAGAUCCAGAUCUUGGUGGAAUGGUAGCUCUUGGUGACUCACUGUUAUUGCCAACUGCCUGUGCAAGCCAACAACAGGCAUUGAGCACCCACCUUGAAGAGGACACUGAGGAGCUACUGAGAGUGGAAGAUGAUUUUGAGAAAAUGUGGAAACCCAAGCCGAAGGUGCCACCUAAGCCAAUAGUACCGAAGAAGCCUCCAACAACAGCCCCUAAAGUUUUCUUAUCAACAACCUUGAAAGCAAAGCCAGCAGAAGAGAGGAUUCAAGACAUGGGUGGGGUGGAUAUUCUCAAGUAUAUUCAGGAAAAUGAAUCUGUCAGCAGUGAAGAACCAAGUCUGUUCUGAAAAACAGAGGAUGAUCCUUCUCAGGGAGAUGUCCCAACACCAGCCUUCUGCAUGUAGAUGGAAAGAGUUUUUACCCAGGGAUCUUGGUUGCCUCUUCACACACUGCCUCAUUUUGACAAGGAGAGAAGGGUGUUGCUCAGUUAAUGUACUACAGAGCAAUUGUGGUUUAAUCAAUGAUGCCUUAUUUUUUAGAGAAUUUUAACAAUUGAGUUGAAAAAUCUAUGCCUGUGUACUACAGAUAUCACUCAUGCUACUGAAACAUUUUCAUAUAGCAUAGCUUGGGCCAAAAUGAUUCUUUUGCUGAAAGGCUAUAUGUGUUAAGAAGGAAUAAAGGGUGCAGACAAAACAAUGUGGGUGGGAAAAUAAUAUUAAAUAAACGUAUGGGUUGUUUUUUUUUUAACCUUUGUAAACUGGAAGCAGUUUAACUUCUUCAUUUUAUCUGUCCUGGAAAGAAUUUGGUGGAAACUGUGGCUGAAGUGAAGUCCUGCUCUACCAGGAAAGAUAAGAAGGCAAUAACCUGAAAUAGCAGAUGUUUGAAGACCAGCUGUGGCAGCUACAAAAGCAUUCAUUCUGGUCAUUUCCCUCAUUUGGGUGGGCCUGCCUUCACCCCCUAAACUGGUGAGGGACACUAUUCAGUUGUCAGUAUGGCCCUAAGAUUCAACUGCCAGCCUGGUUGCCUUCUGUACAUGGAAUGGUGUGGGUGGCACCAUUUUUUCAUUUGGCCAGGGAGCAAAGUAUCUUGGGACAACCUUGGCUCAUAGAUUAAGUAUUUUCUCCCCUAGACCCAUAGCUCCCUUCCAAAGGUUAUGGCACAAAAAAAAAGGAACAACAUUACUUAAGAACAUAUCCAAGUGGUUUUCUGAGAGUAGCAUCCAAAGUCCUGGUUUGACUUCUCCCUGCCCCCUUAUGCACUGGAGGCAAUGCACAAAGACCUCCAGAACUGGGGAGCAGCUUGUCAUGUAACCGAUAGAAUGAGAGCAUCCUAUACAGUGUUUUGAUCCUGGAUUUUCUGUUUUUAGUAUCUUCACAGACUGGAGAUAGCCCCAGCCUCACUCUUAAGAGAUACACUCUACUAUUUGUUACUAAAUGAUUCAAUUCUUUUGUUCCUGCUUGGAGGGAUUAAGCUGUACAUUGGACAGAAGGAGGUGAAUUGCACCUAGAUGCACCUAGUGAAGGCUUAUGGAUAUUUUAUGAGUUUGUGUAAAAGCCAUCUUAAAUGCCAGUCUCUUGACCCAUAUGUAAAUAAUUAUAUUUUAUAUUACUGAAUUAGACACAAUGGUUUUCUGGGCAUUUUUAAAAAAUCUCAUUUGUACAUAUACCUGUCCAUGACUUUCUCAUUGUAUUCAGCUCAGGUGACUGAGGCCCACAGAAAAUCUUAGAGAAAAUUGAAGCCAUAUCACAUAUUUCUGAAACUAUAUUGCUGUCUUAAUUGCCUUUUAAAUAUAGACCAAUUGAAAAGGGAAGAAAAGUGUUAAAAGCUGUUUGAAUAAAGUGAAAUUAUUAACUAGU